UGCUCCCUACCUUUGACCAGUGCUUUGAAGUUCAAGGAGCUAGGUCAUUGGUCAGUGAGCCAGCCGUGUGUAAUUUCCUGGGAAGCAUGCCGAGUGGGUGGUGUCCCUGGUGGGCCCCUACUCCAGAGGUAGUCCCAGCUGGGAGGUGGUCACUUGAUCCUCAGCAUCCCCUGAGGUCAGACCCUUAGAGGCCACUGGCCAAGCGAGCAGUAUGUCCUGCCACGUCUCAUAGUCUGUGAGGACCAGUGUGACUCCAGCUGGCAGGCAUGGCCUUGGGGGUCUCAGUCCUGUUGCACUGCCCUCUUGAUGGGCUGGGCCUGGGCGCAUCUUCUUCCUGGCUGUGUGCAAGCAGUCUUGGCAACUGUCAGCAGCCCUGUCUAUGCUCCAGGUAAAAUGCCAGACAUGGUGCUGGCCCUCAGGAGCCUUGCAGGAGCAACCAGAAGGAAGCAGCAGGUGUACAUAAGCAGAUCACAGUGUAUCCACCUGUGGGUCUGUGGAUGCCUUAAUGAUACCUCCCACGUGGGUGUGUCACAGGGCAGAAAAUGCAGAAACUUGAUUUGAAGGGAGAGACCUAAAUUGACCUUGAAUUUCUGCCACAGUAAAAAAAUCAGCAGCUGGAACCGAGCCAUGCUCUAGAAUGUGGUCCUCAAGGACCAAGGCUAUUGAUCAUUGUUUGCCUCGGUGGGGGUCAUAGGGACUGACCUGAGCACCCACCUGGGCUGCUGGAUGAAGCACACAGGUCAGGAAGAGCGGCCACGCCAUCACACCUUAACUGCCUUGGCCUCAAGCCUAAAUUUAGGGUGGGAAAGGAAGGACUGGCUGGGAAGGUGGUGCAUGGUGCAAUUUGGGGUCUUCGACUGCAGGUUCUUCCUAGCCUUGAACAGAAACCCUUCCACUGGUUUAGAACUGACGGUGGUGCAUGAAACGCACGUCAGACCUCAGAGGGCUGACGUACCUCCCACGUCCUGAGAAAGAAACCCUAGUAUCAGAGGUGCUGUUAUGUUUUUACUUAGACAUGUCAGACUCUUUAAGCUAAGAGGGAUCUCAAAGAAGGCAUUUUCCUCAGCCCAGUACAGUGUUGUUCAUGAGCACAGAGUUCAGUGUGGACUGGCCAUGGAGGGGAUGUCUGGCUUGAAGCAUGGCCCGUCCAUGGAUGCCUUCUCAUGGGUACCCCCAGUGUCUGUGUUCUUCCACAAGUUGUUUCUCUGGCAAAGCUCAGAAACAUAAGUUACUAGAAAUUGUUUUUUUAAAAACUAGUCUGGUUUUUUGGUGUGUGUGUGUGUGUUGGGUUUUGUUUUGGGUUUUUUUGGUGAAUAGAAAUAAUGCAGCCCUCUUUUAUGUGCUUUAAGUGGUCUGACUUCUGACUUUUGGAGGUUCCCUUCAGAAAAAGCUUUCCCCACAUGGACCAGAGAUUACCCCCAAAGACAUUUUAUUAUGAAAAUCUGCAAACACAGAGUGGAGAUGAAAGAACCCUACUGUGAGCAGCUAUGUACCCAUCACCUAGAUCCCACCUCUUAUGCUUUGCUAUUCAGGCCAGGUGCCAGCUUGGGGUCCUGAGGUCUUCGGGUGCCUCCAGAAGCCCUGCAGCCCCUCCUUGGACACCCCUGAGAGCCGGGUCCGGGGCAUCUGGGAAGAGCUGGGCGUUGGCAGUAGUGGCCACCUCAAUGAGCAAGAGCUGGCCAUUGUCUGCCAGAGCAUCGGGCUCCAGGGACUGGAGAAGGAGGAACUGGAGGAUCUGUUUAACAAACUAGAUCAAGAUGGAGACGGCAGAGUGAGUCUUGAGGAAUUCCAGCUUGGCCUGUUCAAUCAUGGGCCCACUUCACUUCCAGAAUCUUCCACUCCUGUCAAACCGAGCAUGUCCUGGUCUCAUUACCAGGUCCUGGAGGAGGCUGGCUGCCAGACCGCCACGGCAUCGUCCCUGGUGUCUGUGUGCUCAGGCCCGCGUCUCUUGUGCAGCAUUGAUGACGGCACCGGCUUUGCGUUUCCUGAGCAGCUCAUCGCCCUGUGGGCCCAGGAGGGGAUUCGGAAUGGCAGGGAGAUCUUGCAGGCAGCAACGUUUACUGAAAUCUUGGCACUUGGCACCAAGCAAGGACCUGUGAAGUUCGUGAAGUUAUUUACUCCUCACAUGGCCUGGAAGGUGUUUCUGUCUCAUGUGCACGCACAGCCAGGGCGGGAGCACCAGCGAGUGGGCAGAUUCUCGACUUCAGUGUGGACGAGAAGGUGAAUCUUUUGGAGCUGACCUGGGCCCUUGAGAACGAGCCCAUGAUGGUUGGUGGUGCCACUCAGCAGGCGGCCUUGGCCUGCUACCACCAGGAGCUGAGCUUCUGCCAGUAA